UUAAAACACAAUAACAGUAACAUAUCACUCAUGAAUGACAAAGAAUUUGCAAAAGUCUGGGAAGUGAUGAAAAGCAAACAAAAGGCAUUAAAAAAAACAAGGCUAUGGGAAUAAACCCAGAGAGGCUGUGGCACUAACAAAAGAGCACAUCGAGGCAAUGUAUUCAGCCCAGACACUAGGAGAUUCUAGUCCCAGAGCCUUGAUUCAUUCGUUGUGGAUGAUCUGCACAACCCAUUUCGGCAUGAGGACGGGAAAUGAAAUACAUAAACUCUGCUGGGGGGACGUUACACUUGGUGUUGAUUUUGAGUCAGGCGAGGAAUACAUCACACGCGAUACCGAGCGCCAGACCAAGACCAGAACAGGGGAAAAUCCAAGAAAUACCAGGUCAGUCAAACCAAGGGCUUAUGCAGUCCCCGAAGAGCCCAACAGAGACCCAGUUCAUCUGUAUAAGCUGUAUGCAGACAAACGGCCGGUGGAAAUGAGAGGAGAUGACAGUCCGUUCUUCCUUACACCAUGCAACAGCACACAGCUUGGCUGGUUCAGGAGGUCAGCAAUUGGUAUAAACAAGCUGUACGGCAUCAUGGCAGAGAUGAAGGCGGACGCUGGGAUAACAGAGCCCAGAAUCACCCCAUACAGGUAGAAUUAAUUAACAUUUAACUCAUUUGCAUAUGUAUGGUGGCACUAAGCCAGGUGACAUCAAAGCUAAAAAAAAAUUAACUCGUGAAAACAGACUUAUUUUGUGUUUCCCCGACUUAAUUUUUUUGGAGCGCUGAUGUCACCUUAGUGCCACUGUACAUAUCUCAAAUAAAAAGAAAAUGAUCACUUACCUUUAAAUUAGCAUUAUCACCAUUUGUUCAAG